UCCAGGCGGUAUUAAAACACACCUAAAGUUGAUAUGGAAAAUCUCUUAGGAUCGCAUGUAGGUCUUGAAGAUUUCAUAUUUGCCCAUGUGAAAGGGAACCAAAAAGAAGUGAAUGUAUAUAAGUCUGAGGACUCACUUGGUCUCACCAUUACAGAAAAUGGAACUGGCUAUGCUUUUAUAAAGAGAAUUAAAGAUGGUAGCCUAAUUGAUGCAGUUAAAACCAUCUGUGUGGGGGAUCAUAUUGAAUCCAUAAAUGGAGAAAAUAUCACUGGGUGGCGUCAUUAUGAUGUUGCAGAAAAAUUAAAGGAAUUUAAAAAAGGUGAAUCCUUUACCUUGAAGUUAAUGGAACCUAAGAAGGCAUUUGAAGUAGAGCCAAGGUCAAAAGCUGGACAAUCAUCAGCAGAAAAAAUUGGUGCUGGAAGAGAGACACUUCGCCUGAGAUCAAAGGGUCCUGCCUCCAUGGAAGACAUGCCCUCCGAAACCAAGACAAAAGCAAUUGAAAAGAUUGAUGAUCUUCUUGAAUUGUACAUGGGAAUUCAAGAUAUCGAUUUAGCUACCACAAUGUUUGAAGCUGGUAAGGACAAAGGUAAUCCAGAUGAAUUUGCUGUGGCACUUGACGAAACUCUUAGAGACUUUGCGUUCCCAGAUGAAUUUGUCUUUGAUGUUUGGGGAGUCAUUGGUGAUGCGAAACGAGAAUGACGAUGACGUGGAUGAUCCGUCUCUGGAGAAAUGAACAUUCUUUUUAAAAAUAUCCAUAAGAUCUGAUUUUUAGACACUGUUACAGAUUCUGGUUUGGUCUGAUGUAUAUGGAAUAUUCUUUUUAUAGCUAGAGUCACCUUCUUUUGUCUCCUUAUUUUCAAAACACAACCAG